AUGGCUAACACCGUUGCUAGGCUGCAGUCCAUAGACCAUGGCCUGGCAUCGGUGUUACCAGAUCUGUCGUCAAAAUUCUCCCCCCUGCUGGCGCACGGCAAUAACGUCGAAGGAGAGACUUGCAAUAUAACGUUACGAUAUUUGGCUACCGGAGACUCCUAUUCCAGCCUACAAUACACAUUUCACGUAUCAAAGCAAACAAUAUCAACAAUAAUUCCAGAGCUACUAGUAUCAGAGCAAGAUUGGAAGGCAGUAUCUAAAGACUUCGAGGAAAAAUGGAAUUUUUCGCACACCGUUGGAGCGCUAGAUGGAAAACACAUAACUAUUCAAGCUCCUAUUCAUAGCGGCACUGAAUAUUUUAAUUAUAAAAAGUUCUUUAGCAUCGUGUUAUUAGCAUUAGUAGACUCAAAUUACAAUUUUAUGUUUGGAUUAGAUGAAGUUAAAGUAGACGAUUGA